UUCAGUAAGCGGCUCGCGCAUCUCGCCACCAUAGCUUCUCUUUCACUGCGAACCUGCCGAAAGCGAUUGAUUUUACAAAAAAAAAAAAAAAACUCGUUCGGCUUCAAACCUAUAUCUUCUAUAUUACACUUCUACCUCUGGUAAAAGAAGGUUGGAAGCGGUUCAGUCCUGCACUGCAGCAGACAGUCUUCAUGAUGUCCUCGUAUUAUCACACGGGGAAAGAGCUGGAGAUGGCGGCGUUGACGGAACCGCUCUGCUUGGAAAGAGAUGUUUGUCGAGUGAUAGAAUUGCUGGACAGGCUUCAGAGAAGCGGUGAACUUCCUCCUCCCAAACUCCAGGCUCUACAGAGAGUUUUACAGAGCAAGUUCUGUGCUGCCAUCCGAGAGGUCUAUGAGCAGCUUUAUGAUACACUGGACAUUGUAGGUGGGCCAGAGGUCCGAGCACAAGCCACUGCAAAGGCCACAGUAGCAGCGUUCGCAGCCAGUGAAGGCCAUGCACACCCAAGAGUGGUCGAACUCCCUAAAACAGACGAGGGGCUCGGGUUCAACAUCAUGGGUGGAAAAGAACAAAACUCUCCCAUCUACGUCUCCAGGGUCAUCCCAGGGGGUGUUGCCGACCGACAGGGUGGUCUGAAGAGAGGAGACCAGCUGCUCUCUGUUAAUGGAGUGAGUGUGGAGGGAGAACAUCAUGAGAAAGCUGUAGAGCUGCUAAAGGAUGCGCAGGGUUCGGUGAAGCUGGUGGUGCGUUACACCCCUAAGGUCCUCGAGGAGAUGGAAGCCAGAUUUGAGAAGAUGAGAAGUGCCAGGAGACGCCAGCAACAUACCAGCUACUCGUCUUUGGAGUCCAGGGGUUAACCAGUCUCAACCUCUGACCGUCCGAUCCAUUCUCCCACCCUCUCUACUCCUAUAGGAUGAAAGAAGACCCAGAGGAGAUCACUGUAGACUACCCUUAGCUAUUUAUGUUAGUGGAACGAUCUCAAAACCUGUAGACCUCAAAUUUACUAUUUUCCCUGGCCAUGCAGGGGGAGAGACAGUAUAGUGCAUCUGUGUUCUUAUGUGGACCCUGCACCCUGUGAUGUUCUCGGGGGUUGUGUGUGUCUGUUAGCAAAGAAGAGAACUUUAAAAAUGGGUUGGCUAGUGCAAAUACACAGUGUGUGUACUUCUAGGACUUUGUGUCUUUUCCCGUAGGAUUAUUGCUGAACUGAAUGGUAUGAUGGCUCCUACUUAGAACAUUAUUCAUUCAUUCCUGUAUCGAGUCUGUGUUUUCAGAAAACAUGCAUUGACAACAGCGUUAAAGCUAUGCAUUCCAGUUCUGUAAGUAUUCUUGUAUUACGUGUUCUACUCUGUGUGAGCUACAUCAGGAGACACAAACACUGUAAUUGCAGAAGACACUUCCUGAAUGAACGGAUUGCUCUGUACAAAGCAUGCCAUACUCUAAUACGGUCAUCACUAUGAGUGGCUUUGUGCUGCCAGCCACAGUGCCUGUGUUCAAUGCUUGAAUUUUUGAGUAUUUAUAAAUUUAUUCAUACAUUAAAACCAGCAAUUAAUUUAA